AUGGAUGCUUCUAUAUAUCCUCGAGCAACCGCCGUGCAGACAGAGGGCAGGACAAUACAAGAAGACUCUUUCAUGAAGCCCGAGUACGAGCCCGAGGGUCGACUAGAGUGGAUUUGGGACUAUGACCGUCAGGAAUAUACCUAUCAGGAAUAUGAACUGGUGGCAGAAGCAAUCCGCCUGGGCCGAGAGUAUAUUCCUACCAACUGUCCGCCUUCAAUAUGA